CAAAUCCCACCACCAAUCUCUCCCAAGCAGGAUCCUCAACAAGCAUUAACUCAACAAAUUGACUACUACUUCUCUUUGGAAAACUUGAUAAGAGAUAUCUACUUGAGAAAGAACAUGGAUACUGAGGGUUGGGUGUCAUUGUCGUUGAUCUUGAACUUCAAGAGAGUCAAGAUUAUCAUCAACGGUAUUCAAAACUCUCUCGAAUCUGACCAGGAAGUCAGCUCCAUUAUUUUGGAGACUGUCAAGAACUGUCAGAACUUAGAAAUCAACUACCUCAACGAAAAGGACGCUGAAUCCGCCACUAUCGAUGAUGUCAACUUGAGAGUCAAGGACAACUUUGAGCAAUGGUUGUUG